AUGAACCCUGAGUGCCCGUAUCUCUUGGAAGCCGGAUAUCCAUCUUUAUCUUUGUCCCCGCGAUGGAGUGACGAUGGGACGGCAGGACGACGGCGUCAUUUUGUUUGCAAAGGAGAAGCGAUCGCUGACCCGACCCUCUUAUUUCCGAUUUCUAGAUACGACUACCUCUUCAAGCUCCUCCUCAUCGGUGACUCCGGUGUUGGAAAGUCUUGCUUGCUGCUGCGAUUCGCCGACGAUACCUACACUGAGUCUUACAUUUCCACCAUCGGUGUCGACUUCAAGAUCCGAACGAUAGAGCUCGAUGGCAAGACCGUGAAGCUGCAAAUCUGGGAUACUGCCGGCCAGGAGCGUUUCCGAACCAUCACCUCAUCGUACUACCGCGGUGCUCACGGCAUCUGCGUUGUCUACGAUGUCACCGAUAUGGACUCUUUCAACAACGUCAAGCAGUGGCUCCAGGAGAUUGACCGAUAUGCCACCGAGGGCGUUAACAAGCUGCUCGUAGGCAACAAGAGCGAUAUGUCGGAUAAGAAAGUUGUCGAGUACUCCGUCGCCAAGGAAUUCGCUGACAGCCUGGGCAUCCCCUUCCUCGAGACCUCCGCCAAGAACGCCAGCAACGUUGAGCAGGCUUUCCUGACCAUGGCUCGCCAGAUCAAGGAGCGCAUGGGCACCACGACUGCCAACAACACGAAACCCAGCGUGCACGUUGGCCAGGGCCAGGGUGUCGGCAACUCGUCCAGCAGCAGCUGCUGUUAA